AUGGGAGAUGAAAAAGAUGACAUCCAAUAUAGAAAAAAGAACAAUAACGUGACCUUUUCCUAUAGUUGUCUUUCCAAAACAUUUCAAAGGGGAGAACUAGGAAUGUCAGAUAGUUAUUUGGCCGGAGACCUGAAUUUUAAUUAUAACAAUUGUCCAAUUUCCUCAAUAGAGCUUUAUUUUAAAGGUGUUGAACGAAUUGAACUUAGAGAAAGAGGAAGAACAAAAACUGACAUAUAUAACGACCGUACACUAACAGAAAAAUAUUUAAAUAUUAAAUUUGAAAAACCCGUGCGGAUGAAUUCUCAUUCCUUCAUUUUUCCCUUGCCCUCAAAUUUAUCAAGUUCUUUUAAUGUUUAUGAUAAAAAGAAUAAUGUAGGUGGUCAAAUAGAUUACACUCUAAGUGCGACGGUUCAUACAACUAAUCGAUUGGCAAGAAGAGACAUUGUUGAAAUUAUUUGUCCAUUAAAACAAAUACUAUUUAACAAUCAUAUGACUUAUAUAGAUGUGAAAGAUACAUAUUAUGAUCCUCAGGGACUAGAUCCCUUAUUCAGAUAUUCAUUUCUGAUUCCAGAAUAUUUGGGCGUUGGGGAAAAGAUUUAUAUUCCAAUUAAAAUUGAAUUUAACACAACCACACACAACACAAUUGAAAUAAUAUUGAUUAAAAUUUCUUUGAAAUUAGAAACGCAAAUGUUUUUUGAAAAGGAUAAUCCGCUUGAAGAUGUAAAAGAACGUUGUUGCUUUAAUAAAGAAAAACCAACUAAAAUCGUAGAUAACGAGCUUUCUCAAAAACUUUCUUUACUAAUUCCACAUAAUCUACCAACAACUCACAUUGGCAUGUUCGUAAACAUUCGAUAUAAACUCUGUAUAUCUUUAGAGUUAACUGGCACGAAUAACGAAUUUAAGAGGGAACAAUCUGUGAUAGUGGCAAAUAUUAAACAACCAAAUGACUUUUCGAAAUAUCAUUCGUAUCAAAAUCAAAAUUAUUCUGAAAUUGAUAAUAAUGAAAUAGUGAAUAAUUUUGAAGAGUCUACAAAGACCAACAAUGAACAAGGACUUAAUAGAUCAUAUUCAAAUUCUAAAGCUUCUCAAAAUUCUUCCAAUAAAGGAAAUCAAAGCUAA